ACGUUAUUUGCAUAAUUUUAUCUUGUUUACUUUGGUGUUGUCAAAUUUGUUAGAAUGUUUUCUCAUUUAAAGAAUUUUAGUUGAUGUUAGAAAUAUUUGUCAUGGAAGAAAGGAAUUAUUCUGAUGAAAAUGCUUUAGUUAAUAAUGAUGUGACUGCCGAGAUUAGGACCGCAGUCGUUAAUGGAAACGAUGGCAGUAGUCGUCAAGCAAUAAAUACAAGACAAAAUGAUUCUUCAAGUUCUCAACAAGUUGCUGCCAUGGGUGUUCGGUACACGUAUGGUCGUUCGCGGCCUUAUAUAUCCGUGUCUAUUUUAUGCUUCAUAAAUCUGAUUAACUAUAUGGACAGAUAUACACUAGCAGGUGUCUUGAGAGAUGUCAAAGAUUAUUAUGGAUUAGAUGAUUCUCAGGCUGGUCUUUUACAAACUUCCUUCAUAAUUAGUUACAUGGUGAUGGCACCUUUGUUUGGUUAUCUUGGUGACAGGUAUAGUAGACGUCUUAUCAUGGCCUGUGGUAUAACAUUUUGGAGUGCAACUACAUUUUUAGGUUCUUGCAUACCUUCAGAGUAUUUCAGGUGGUUUAUAUUCAGUCGUGCAUUGGUAGGAACAGGAGAAGCAAGUUAUUCCACUAUAGCUCCAACUGUUAUUGCUGACUUGUUCACUGGUACUGCCAGGACGCGAAUGUUGUCUUUGUUUUAUUUUGCCAUUCCUGUCGGAAGUGGCUUAGGCUACAUUGUUGGACCAGAAGUAGCUAAUUAUAUCGGUCAUUGGUAUUGGGCCCUAAGGGUAACUCCUGGUCUUGGAAUACUGGCUGUCAUAUUAUGUUUGAUGAUUUUAGUUGAACCACCUCGUGGUGAAGCUGAGGGUGAAGUUGAGCACAAAAAUACAAGUUUCUUAGAAGAUAUUGUUGAAGUUUUAAAAAUCCCAUCGUUUGUGUGGGUCUCUCUGGGAUUUACUUGUGUCACUUUUUCUGUUGGAGCUUUGGCAUGGUGGGUUCCUGAUUUUAUGACACAUGCUCUUGAGGUACAAGGUGGGAAACCUGACAAAACACUAGUCAACUUAAUUUUUGGCAUCAUUACAUGUUUUGCGGGAAUAGCUGGUGUUAUUCUGGGCUCCUUAUGUUCACAGUAUUUCCGUCAAUUUAAUCCCAGAGCAGAUCCUUUGAUCUGCGCUUACAGUAUGCUAGCUGCUAUACCUUUAGUUUUUGUUGCAUGUAUUACUGCAUCAUCAAAUACUUCUCUGUCAUAUGCCUUAAUCUUUUUUGGAGUAACAUUAUUAUGUAUGAAUUGGGUGCUUGUUGCUGAUAUAGUGCUGUAUGUUGUUAUACCAAGCCGAAGGUCCAUGGCUCAGGCAAUACAAAUUACAUUAUCACAUGCUCUUGGAGAUGCAUGUAGUCCUUACAUUGUUGGGAAGUUGUGCGAUGCAAUAGCUAAUGGAGAUCAAAGUCCUAUGGCAAGUUUCAAAAGUCAACAAUAUGCAUUAUUUUUCCCAAUUUUUAUAUUGGUUGUGGGUUCAUCGUUUUUCUUCAUCAAUUCAUUUUAUGUGGCUGAGGAUAAAGAGAGAUGCAUCAGACUUACACGUGGAGAAACAUUAUCUACUGUUCUUGUACCAAACUGCUCUCAGGAAAUCUGCAGAGAAUUUCAAGAAUCUGGAAACUCCUUGACAGAUAAAUAUGGUAUUAAUUAAAAAGUCGAGAAGUAUAGUUUGUAAAGUUCCAUGUAAUGUUUUGAUAUUUAUAAUAAGUAGACUGGAUCUUAGCCUUCAUAUGUACAGGUGAAUUUUUAAGUUAUUUGAACAACAUGUAAAUAAAAGCAAAGGAAGAAAAUUCCAUACAAAAAAUAAUCAUUGAGAAGUUUUGCUAGUAGAUCUAAUUGUUGCACAAUAUUUAUCUCAUGUUAUGUUGCUGAGUAUUUGAUUUAUAAAUCUAGUUUCCUUCUAAUAAGCAUGUAUUGAACUGUUUAUGAACAGUUUUGUGGAAUGAAACCUAUGAGAAAAAUUAAACUCCAAUUUUUAAUUUGCAACUGUAACUGCAAACAAUUAUUUUUCUCUAUUUAAUAAUAGUAUUAUAAAGCGUUUGCAGUUGUAUAAGGAUUAUUUUUAGAACAAUUUGAUGUCGCUAUUUGAAUCUCUUGAAUGAUGUGUUUUAUAUAAACAUUUUCUGCUGAACAAGUUCUCUCCAACAUUAAGUAACAAAGCCUGUGCUUUAAAUUUUGUAAUAAAUCUUUUAAGAGUUUAUUAAUAUUGGUUUUACAGUGUUCUGAAAAAUUUUGUGGUAUUGGAAGCUAGAAUGUUAGAAAGCUUGUACAUUUUUAUAUGGUUAAUUUUUUAUUUUGCUGAGCAAGAAUGAAAAAUUAUUAUUUGACUUUAAUGCUACAAUGCCAUGAAGCUGUAUUUUUAUAUUGUUUAUACAUAAUCAGUCUAAUCUGCUGUCAUGUUUAUGAUAAUUAUGCAAAUUAAUUCCACAUUUUAAUACAUUUGAUCAUAAUUGUUAUGGUAGGUAGCUGUUAUUCAUCAAGUGUAUUGCAUUGAAAUUAUUCGACCUUAUAUUUGUAAUCAAAUCUGUUAAAAUAUUUUUUCUAACUUAAAUUAGAUGUAGUAAUCAUUACCUGGUAUGCUGUAUUUAUUAACUUAUGUAUUAAAAUUUGCACUAACUGCAAAGUAUACUUUAUUCAUAAAAUGAAAUUAAAAUUUGUUCCUUUCUUCAUAAAUAAUGUUGCUAAAUUAAACCAAAUUUAGUUAUUUUGUACCACUUAAAUUAAUACCUCCUUUUUCUUUCUGGGAAUGUUUGCUAUCACUUACAAUGAAAUUUGCUCUUAAGUUUUAAUAUAUUCCAUUUUUACUUGAAAGUUAUUGAUUUGGCUCAGUUUUAAGUGCCUUCUUGAACUUUGAAGUAACUUACUAGUCUGUACUCAAUUAAUGUUAGUUAAUAUUUAAACUUUUGUAAAUUCCAUAUGGGUAUUCUUGAAAAUACAUUUUUAAGCUGAAGUGUGUGUCUUCCAUGAACAUUAAUGUAUAUUUAUAAUUUUUGUUGAUGAAUAUAGUAUUUUAUUUUUGUACAUAUAACUAAAUGUUCUAUGAGCAAAAUAAAAGCCUAACAAAACUGUGAUAUAUAUUUCUUGCAUAAUAUUUAGAAAAAAGUUAACAACUUUUAUGUUAGUUUUCCAUAAAAUAUUCAUGCUUUUUAAUUAUGCUUUAAAAUCUCAUUUAAAGUUUUGAACAUGUAACAUAGUGAAUCCUUGUUGUUUACAGAUUGUUUUCUUGUGUUAGUAUAUGUAUAAUAUAUUGACUGAGUUGUUAAGACCAUUGAAUACUGGCAGUUCAGUGCCUGUUAAACUCUGACAAAUGAGCUGGCUGUGUGGUGGUUUUUUUGUAGUGUUCUCCAUGUGUAACAUGAAUAUGAACCAGUUUCUCUUAAUCAAUUUUGCAAUGGACAGCUAAAUCACUAAACUGCUUUCUUGGGAUGCGGCACUAUCCGGAUGCAUUGUCUUGUGGGGACAGGCAAUUCAUGUUGCUAAGCCUCACUUUGGAAACAAAAUUUAUGUAAAUCAUAUUUGUUGUUCAAUUGUUCCAUUUUUUAGUAUGUUAUGAGAGGAGCUCUGAGGUAGUUGUCAGAAUUAAUUUUAAAACUGUAUAUUUUCCAUAAAAAUUUAUUAAAAUAAUAAAGAUCUAGAGUAUUGUAAUUUUUGACUUACCUCAAAUAUACAUAUAUAGCAAAAGUAGCUAGUCAUGAAUUUUAUUUAAUCGAACAUAAAAAUUAUUAAAAAUCUCUUUCAUAAAAAUGCAGCAUGUAUAAUUUUUAACUUACUUCAAUUAAAUAUAUGUAAACAAAUAAAUAUGACGAUAUUAGAAUCGCUAUAGCUAUCGCUUUCCAAUUCGGCAAAAAUAUUAUCAGUAUAAGAAACACUCAUUUCUUCUCAUUCGAAUAUACUCCUCUUCUGUUGAAUACCGUGUUUGUUUUACCAUUUAGGUGUAAAAAUACUUCAUUAAACCAUACAAAAUAUCCUUCUUAAUGCUAGAAAAAAAUUCAGAGCAAUAUGUAAAACCUUUAAAAAAGAUGGAACUUCCAGCCCAUUAUGUCUGUAGGGGGGGGAAGGUAAAGAGGCAAUACAUCUUUUAAUACCCAUGAAUCUUAUUCUCAUUCCAAAACAAAGUACAAAAAAAAAAAAAAAAAAAAAAAAAAAAAACAUAGCAUAGGAAUGAAGAUCAACAUGCUUUACUUUCUGUAAACUUCAGCAUUACAGUCAUACAGCUACAUCUAUUGUCAACAAAAAAUACUAAUUAAAUAUUUUAUCUAAAAAGUCAUAGAUAGUAUGCUCAGCCAGAGUGAAUUAAACGGCAAUUCAAAUGGCAGACCCAAUGUGAGAUGCAUAUAUGACGCCCAUCCCAAACGGGUUAAACAGUCCUCCAUGAAGGCAUUCCUUUCUCUAGAGAAAAGCCUCGUUCUUUACCCUAUUCAAAUAAUCAUAUUGUACAUUACGUUGUUUGAAAUUCAUGCAUUUAAAUUUUUAAGUAUAACAUUGAGCACUGAUUGUAGAAUAUGUCCAUGGAAGUUAUUCAAAAUAAUAAAAUGUAUUGAAAAACAUUUACUAUGGAUACUUUUGGUUAAAUUUUUAAGUAAAAGUGAUUUUCUGACUAUAAUCACUUUGUUAGUGAUUCUUCAAUCUGGUGUCCCAAGAACAGAUGAUCUUCUAUGCUAGAGGAUGUCUUCUAUAUUGCAUUCUAAUUUUAAUUUAAUAUUCCUCACAGUCCCUAAGGAAACAAUCCCCACAGUCAUUCUUUUUCAAAGUUCUGAAUAAAUUAUGGACGUGAACAUAACACAUGCAGCUUCUAUUCUCAACUUCAUUUGCUCUGCUCAUCUGUUGACACAUGUUGGUGGAAGGGUUUUAGAUGACAAAUGCAUGCAAGUAAUGAAUGUGAACAUUUUGAAAAGCUCACUUUAAUUCUAAAUGUAUAUAAUACACUUUCAAAAGUGUAGCUUUUUGCUUUUGAUAACCUGUCAUGCAAUCUGUCAGUGCUGUGAAUCAUUUGAAGUAAAUGCAUUUAUCUCACAUUUCCCACUUUUCUUAAGUACUGAAUUAUUAUAAUAAAUGAACUUUUAUUCUGAGUCAGCAGCUUGUUUCAGGUGCUGAAAGUUUGCUACAUGAAAAUUAAAAAAUGUAUUUUAUA